UCUGUGACGUAUAUGACUGUGAUGAGCGGUCGCAAUCGUCCUCUUUUACGGUGGCCUGAAAACUCAUUCACCAUGAAGCGCAAUCCUUUAGUCUCAUCCUCGAGGAGGAAGAACCGAAAGCGCCACUUCAAUGCCCCUUCCCACGUGCGCAGAAAGCUGAUGAGCUCACCCCUCUCCAAGGAUCUGAGGCAGAAGUACAAUGUCCGCAGCAUCCCCAUCCGCAAAGAUGAUGAAGUUCAGGUAACUCGUGGACACUACAAGGGCCAGCAGGUCGGAAAGGUUGUGCAGGUUUACAGGAAGAAGUUUGUUAUCUACAUUGAGAGGAUCCAGAGAGAGAAGGCCAACGGUGCCCAGGUCUACGUUGGAAUCCACCCCAGCAAGGUUGUGAUCACCAAGCUGAAGAUGGACAAGGACCGUAAGCUCAUCCUGGACCGCAAGGCCAAGUCCCGCCAACUGUCCUCCGACAAGGCCAAGGGCAAGCACACGGAAGAAUCCGUUGCCAUGGCUACAGAAUAGAUCCGCCUCAAGAACACAGACUCUUUCAUUACCACCCAUGGAGACAUUUACAAACUCAGCCCUCAAGCAGACAGUUUCUUUCUGGAUUGAAUCUUGGUUCUAUUGAGAUCUUGAUACACACAAACUUUUCAGUUGUUGUCUUUGUAUACUAGACAAUAAAGUACGGUCAUCACCACA